AUGUCAUUUCCAGUUUUGUUGAACGUCAACAAUCAAGUUGCCCAGCAUCAAUGCCGAUAUCGAUUAAGCCAACCGAUUGAUUUCAGUCAGUUUGAAUGCGCACUUGGCUCAAUCUCAAUGUACUACAGUUGGAAGGCUAUCACUGCUCAACGCCAAAACAACUUAUUCAAAAUCAUUUGGCCAACAGCAGCAACAACAACUACGUGCUCAAUCACCUUGCCAGAUGGUACAUACUCAGCAAGUGAUAUCAACAACUACCUGCAGCAUUGGAGUAUUCAAAACAACUUAAAUCUGGCAACAACACGACCGAUUGAUAACUCUGGAUUUGGAGCUAUCGUUGGGCUAUCCAAUGGUGUAUAUCCUGCUGCUCAAACUACGAGCGUUUACGCCAUCAAUAGCAACGUCACGCCAAUGGUAGAUCCAGUCGCUGCUGUAAUUCUAGGGCUGUCUAAUCUUUAUAACCCAAUUGCAAGCAACAAUCAAGCUCUCCACACCUUCACAAGCGCUGGAGUAGGAUUUGGCGGACUUAUUACCACGUCACAAGGCCAAGGUAUUGCAUAUUACAUGCGUUCGUUGCAGAUUUUCGAUCCUAACGUGUGUAUUCGUUUGCUAAUGAGACAAAACCAAAUAUAUGACUCGACGAUGUGA